CGCAGUCGCGAGCAGCGUGUGCGUAGGUGAGGGUGGUAUUUUUCGUCCGGCGAUGAACGCCGCGCGAUAACUGUCAGUCCGUUGCUACGUGGGGUGCAUCUCGUCGAGCGUUGCGAUGCGCCGUUCCGGGACCGUCGGUUUUGUGCUCAUAGAAGAGACGUGCUGCCGGGUAGGCUCCGAUUACUAGCCGUUUUCCUUCCGACCGUGGAUUACUCGAAAGGAAACGCAACCUUCGACGGAAACAAAGAGAAACAGCAGAGCGGAAAGGGAGAUAGAGAGAGAGAGAAAGAGCGGAACGACACGCGGUGGAGGGACGCAAGAGUGGCGGAUACGAGCGAGCGGAGCAACGAGUCCGAUAAUCCGGCGAUGGGUAGACGAGCAGGAGGACUCUGCUGAGAGUUCGUAGAGAUACACCUCGCUGCUGGCACGAUUGCCGGCCAUCCGGGUCGAGUUUCACGAGGCGAUGGAGACUUGCCCCACGAAUGGAUCCAGGAUAGAGAGUGCGUAGGACUUGCGCAGCGGUAGAUCAGGAACGAGAUCCAGCAUGGGGAAGUGUUGUAGCAAACGACAAGAGCCUCAGCCGAUCGGUUAUAAGAAGGCAGACGCGGGGCUCAGCUCAAAGCACAGCAAUGGAGGUUCCUUGGACCGAUACACCGCCGACCCAAAUCAGAGAGGCGUACAAGCUCGGGCGGAUAUUAUCCGACCGAGGCCGACACCCUGUAAGCUACCGAUACCGCAUCAGCAACCCCGUAAAACGAAUACGCCUGUUAAACCUGCAUCGCACUCACAGAGGACCAACAAGAUCGUGGUGGCCCUGUACAACUACACGGCGCGAGAAAGCACCGAUGUCAGUUUCGUGAAAGGUGACCGAAUGGAGGUGUUGGACGAUUCCGAGCCGGACUGGUGGAGAGUGCUGCACUUAACGACCCUGCAGGAAGGCUUGAUCCCGUGGAACUUCGUGGCCGUCGAGCGGUCGGUCGAGAGCGAAGAUUGGUUCUUUGAGAAUGUGUCGCGCAAGGAAGCGGGCAAGCUACUGCUGGUCGAUGAGAAUCCCCGCGGUACGUUUCUGGUGAGGCCAAGCGAGCACAAUCCCCGAGGUUACAGCUUGUCGGUGAAAGACUGGGAGGAGGGCAGGGGCCAUCAUGUGAAACAUUACAAGAUUAAACCGCUCGACAAUGGCGGCUUUUUUAUCGCCACCAACCAAACGUUCUCCAGCUUGCCAGCUCUCGUUAUGGCGUACAGCAAAAAUGCAUUGGGCCUCUGUCACGUGCUGUCAAAGCCUUGUCCGAAACCACAGCCGGAUAUGUGGGAUCUCGGGCCUGAAUUACGUGACAAGUGGGAGAUCAACAGAAAUGAGAUACAGCUGAUUUCGGAACUGGGAAACGGUAAUUUCGGCAAGGUUUACUACGGUAAAUGGCGAAACAAGAUCGAGGUGGCGGUGAAGACGUUGCGCCCAGGCACCAUGUCGACUGAGGCGUUUCUGCAAGAAGCUGCCAUAAUGAAACAGUUUCGGCAUAGGCAUCUGGUCGCGUUGUACGCCGUUUGCUCGAAAGAGGAGCCCAUUUACAUCGUGCAGGAAUACAUGUGCAAUGGCAGCCUGUUGGACUUCCUGCGGAAGGGAGAUGGCAAGUACAUGCAGUUCGAGGAUCUGAUCUACAUCGCGGCUCAGGUGGCUUCCGGCAUGGAGUACCUCGAGAGCAAGCAGCUCAUACACAGGGACCUGGCGGCGAGGAACGUGCUGAUCGGCGAAAAGAACAAGGCGAAGAUCUGCGACUUCGGUCUUGCCCGGGUAAUCGAGGACGACGAAUAUUGUCCGAAGCAAGGCAGCAGGUUUCCCGUAAAGUGGACCGCGCCAGAAGCAAUUGUCUAUGGCAGGUUCAGCAUCAAGAGCGACGUCUGGUCGUACGGUAUCCUGUUGAUGGAACUCUUCACCUACGGACAAGUUCCUUAUCCCGGCAUGCACGGCCGCGAAGUGAUCGAGCAAGUGGAUAAGGGCUACCGUAUGCCGAAACCGUUGAACCAUCCGCUGCCCGACAGCAUCUACCGGCUGAUGCUGCAGUGUUGGGACGCCAGCCCCGAGAAGCGGCCGACAUUCGAGUUCCUGAAUCACUACUUCGAGUCGUUCAACGUCACUAGCGAAAUACCGUAUCUCGAACCGCCGACAGACUGAUAUACAGCCCAUCAGUACAUGCAAAACCAUCAUCUGCCGCCGCACGGUCACUUUCAUCCAGCCCACAUCAAUUGUGCCAUGGAAUUUUACGGUAUUUACUGCUAAGUAAAUUAAUAAUUAGCGUGUACUCUCGCCACCACCCUUACCGGAAUCCUCGUAAACUGGGUGCAUCGUUCUCACAGAGAGAAAAGACUUUUUUUUUUAGUGCGAGAACAAUGGGAAAUGGGAAAUGCCCUGCGUCGUUGCGUCGCGCGAGUGCGCUUUUUCGAAACUGCGAAAUUUUUCUACGGAUUCUAGCGACCAAUCUUCACAGUGCCGUCAAACUCACCGAACUGUCACUGUCAAAUGCUGCCGAGAUCCUUGUCUCUCUUUUGCCCCUUUCUCACUCCCGUGUGUCCUUUAGUGUUAACGUAGCACCAUCAAGUAGAUCAAGAGGGUUAUACGUGUGCCAUGAUGUUUUUGUAAAAAAAGCAUACCGCUCGCAGGAGCGAGUACACACUGACAAGAUUCUAAUCACCAUGACCAAUCUCGCGCGUUGAACCAUUAUACUUAGAAUCGGAAGACAAGAAGUGACCGUGAUCCGCGUGGGAUCGCAGCAACACCGACGAGCCGCGUUUUACCUGCUCCUGAGUCCGCGAUUUAUCUACUUGACCGCGUUUCCAUAUUUUUAACGAUGAUCAACCACAAUAAAGACACUAUAGCAAUGUCGGUUUAAAUUUAGACGCAAGUCACGGUAUUAGGGAAUAACGUGAUACGUGAGGUUUUGGAAGUGAAAUUCGAAAUUAUAGAUUACGCAACAUAAUCGUACGUUAGUAUGUUAGCGUAUAAUUAUACGAGAUAUAUAUUAUAUAUAAAAAGCGAGAAGGUAUGAAAGGUGCGAGUGUCCGUUAGCGUACAUUGCGAGUGUGUGAGCUGCCAGAAAGUAUGUAUGUGUAUUCCGCAUUUUAUUGAUCUCGGAUCGGUGACAUCCGAAUUUUCCUAAGAUCCAAUUUUUGGAUAAAGUCCUUGAGAGAAAUUUUCGUACCGCGUGUUUGGUAUUGUUCGUCGUUAAACGGCUAUUUAUGAGUGCACAGGUUUUGAGGGUUGAGCGUGCUCCAACGGAUGUAAAAUUAUGUGUGAAGAGUGUCUAUGAGAAUUUCAAAUUGCAAAUGGUCGGCCGAGGAGAACUGAAGGAGUAUCCCUGAAAUAGUACGAUGGAUCGCUGCACCACAGCUGCGUGAAACUUAUUUUCGAGACGACGUUAAUGCUCGACGGUUUAUCCCUCCUAAGUGUUCAGAAUUGAUGUAUGUUACGUGCGCUUGCUUUGUUAUAUUGCUAUACAACAAUUUUAUUUCAAUCGUGGAACAUACCUGAAUAGACACAAAUGAUCCACAGAAACGACAGUAUCCUCUCGUUCAUUAAAUUUACUCUCCGAAAGCGAUGCACGCACGCUCAAACGUAAAAAGUCGCCAAAAGCAGAUCUCACUGUAGCUUUCGAUUGAUUCUUCUUUUUCUAAUACCUUUUUUUGCAGUAUACCGAUGCAUUUAAUAUUAUCAGCAUUUCUUAGCGUGUAAUAAGUUAUUUCAAGGAUACGCGUUUAUAAUAUUUCCAAGUCUGAUGCAAGCGUUCCGCAAAAGCGCAGUGAAUACCUCGCACAAAUUCGCAUCACUUUCAUUUGUGGCAGUUGUAGCGCCGUUGUGGAUUACGAGACGUCUUUCGCUUUCGAAACACCGUCGAUCUUGUUGAGAAAAGAAAAACGGAUGAGUAUAGAAAUUAGGAUAGACGAGGGGCGAGAAAGUUACUAGUAUCCGGAUAAGUGCGAGUCGUGCGUGAGUGCGUCUGAGGCAAAACGUCCCCGAGGCCGUGUCACCGUCGCAAGAAGGACGUUGGUCGGGUUCGUAGCGGAAUAAAAAUCGGAAAUGCAAUUUCGGAUAAACUUAAGUCAUCGAUGUUAUUCGUACAAAGUGUCUGAAGAAUUGUAAAUUUUCUACUUAAAAAAAGCAGAAGGAGAGGAAUACAAACGACGGAUUAGAGUAGAGAUUUCUUAAGUGAUAAGCGCAUCAGAGUCUCGUCGGUAUCGACGGUCCUGCUCUCUUCGCGGUUCUCGAGGAACAUGUCCCCGUAAACCGACGGUUUUCUAAGAUUCAACGUCGUCGUCGUUUUCCACGAGGCGUAAUUACGUGCGCGCGAAACCCGAGCUAGAAUCGAUCGCAUCGACAUCGAUGUCAGUCUUGAUUAAUGCUACUUUUUUUUUAAGUAUUCACGAUCAGCGAUUAACGCUUUGCAAGAAAUUAAGAAAUAAAAGUGUGUAAAGUGCAUUAUUAGUCACUAAUUGUGAAUAUGUAAAACAUACUGUAGGAGCGUUUUUAUCGUGGGUUUCAUCAAGAACUUUAUCACGAAAUUGCAAGUGAAAGAAUGAAGAACCUUGAUACACUUAUAUGUCAUGUAGUCGACGUGACAUAAAGGUUUUUUUAUUCAUCCAUGUGCUAAUUCCUUGACACAUUAGUUCUUGAUGAAACCCGCAAUAAAAACGCCCGCACAGUAUUUUUUGUUAUUUACGAUGCUCAUUGAUAAGUCGUACUGAACAUUGCCGUCUUCUUGAUAUGCAGGCAGGCAGGCAGGCUUGUAAUCUAGAAAAAGACGGCAGAUUACUAACCGGUGUUACUCAAUCCAGAUUGUUGGUGCAAUUAUCUAGGUCGAUCUAGAUCGAUUGCACCACAAUCGCUUGACAGUGACGACUAAUUUCUUCACUCUGUCUGCAUUGCGAUCUGUCUGAAAUUUGGAGGAUUGGAAUCUGAGAGGAGAUAUUAAAAUGAGAUGAUCAAAGAGAAAAUAUAAAUCUUGCUUUUAAGAUUUUAUUGCAACUAAUAUACGGAUAAUUUAAUUCUCUUUUCUUAUAUCCUUUAAUCUUUUUAUAUAUAUGUAAUAUAUAUAAGAUUGAUCUAGAAAGGAGCAAGAGAAAUUGGCUGGAAUUAAUUAACCGAUGGCUGUCGAUGCGAUCGAUUCAGGAUGUAUACAUUUUACUGUGUCAUGAUAAACACGAUGAGCCAUACGAUACGAUAGAUAUUAGUGAUUAAAAUGGAAGCAAAAUGUGAAUGCGUUGCGCGUAUGCGAGCGUAGAAAAUUGUUAUAUCCGUGUCAGCGUGAUCGUCUUUUCGCGUGUAUUUUAUUGUGACGGGUCGACGGAAUAUUGUCAAUACAAUAAUGCACGUUGAUGCAAUACGUAUUACAUUUUAUCAUUCCAUUUAAGAUGUAUGAAGAGAAACAAAAACAAUUUUCAGUAUCGUUGGAUACUUUAUAUUAUAUUCAAAAGAGAAAUGAAGAAUCCAUGACAAUAUUAACGACUGUCCAAGUCGAGUCUAAGUAAUAAUCGUCUGUUUCUCUAUGAUAUUCAUGGAUUUAUAAUUACCAAGAGAAAGCCUGGAAAAAUAUUUCUAACAAAAUUUCAGUACUUUUUAAUAAAAUUACAACGUUACUGCACGGAAAAGUGCGCGUGAAAAGGUGUUCUCGUUUACGUAGCGUUAGAGAGUAGGUAUAUUACGUCCAAUACAUUUUUUCUAUGAGCGUUUUAUACCGAUGAACUUGUUUUCUCAUAACGAAUGAUCACUUGAAAACUUCGCUAAUGACGAUGAUCAAUGCUGAUUAUGAUAAUGAUUAUGAUCGCUGCCGUAGAUCGUAGAUUAGAGACGCGUAGCGAGUUCGAACUGACAUAAGAUCGACAGAGAUAAUCUGGACUAUGGAAACGCUGUGAGGGUGUCCAAGAGGCGUCUAAGGAGUGCCUGUAAAAUUGAGAAUUUUCGUAGACGACUUUUACGGUACUCGAAAAAUUAAAACGCCCGUCAGGCGCUUCUUAAACGCCUUUUGGAUUACCCUCGCGUUACCUGGGAAUACAGCGACGAGUUCGAGCUACCCAAAGCGUUCGCGUUACAUGAUAUAUAUUCGCGUAGAUUGUUUCAUUCGGAUCACGUUUGGACCAUGUAUUUAAAAAUUAUCGCGACAAAAGGCGUCGUGGCCUUUUUCCACUGGAUCUAGAGACUGAUAUCAUUUAAAUAAAGUUCACGUACAUUGCUCUCGAGUGUACCGGGAACUAUAUGUCCGACUAUAUGUUCGCAAAAUCUCGACGGAUUCUUCUUUUAUCAAAAUCCGGUAGGCGACGUGUGCUUUAUCGAUCACAAUUGUACAUAACAUAUGAUAUUUUGAUCUCGACAACGCAAGAAUUAUUAAUGCGAUAGGAAAGAUAUUAUAUUCUGUACACCGUAAUGUAAAUUUCGUUAACUUAUAAAUGAGCGGUUCUCUUGAGUCGCUGCUUUAAUGAUCUACAAUCGAAAAUUUACGUAUAAUAUUAUAAUAUUUAUAAUAUAAUUAAUAUAAUUCUCGUCGUAAUCUUUGUAAUCGCGCGGUUCAGCAUUUCCAUCGUGUGAAACAUCUCGGACGUAUCGUUCCUGCGACUUUUUUUAUUUGCGAAUGACGAAUGUUUUAAAUUAUUACUUCGACCUAAACGAAGGGCGAGAUCAACGGUUUGCGCGUGCUGUACUUAAUCGAGAUUGCGCUCCCGAUUAAUCUCGAUGGAUCUCUCGUGGUUCCUCCUUCGGAGACGAUGUUCCGUCGUGGCCCAUCGUUCAGGUGAAAUCUUACGGUAAAUCUGUGAUACGGGGACCGAUAUUCCCUCCCUCUUUCACGCGUUUUGAUACGAUCGACACUACCGCGGCCGCCACGAAAGCGCACCGUGUCAUCCGAAGGAGGACUGCGAUUGUCCACGAUCGUUGCGAUACAAUGCAAACGUUUGCAAAACGGAAUGGUCUCACGUGAUGCGCACACCAAAUAGCCACGAAUAUUUUCUCAUAUGCCCGGCCCACUUUCGUUCGCGUUUUCGUCACUCACGCACCUCGACGUGCGUUUUCAUUCGUAUGUACUUAAAGCGGAAGAACGAUCAAUAUACUGUUGUCAUUGUUUAUAUACCAAAGCUUAUUAUCAUUAAGUAACUUAACGAUUACUUUAUAUUAUUAUUAUAUUAAUUGUCGUAAGCCUAUGCAGAUAAAUAUAUUAUGUAUCAUAUUA